AUGAAUAACUACGCCAACCUGCCGCCCGACUCGCCGACAUCGCACAUCUACUCCGUGAUCGAGGGCGCGGGGGCAGGGGCGGGGGCGCGGGGGGCGGGGUGCGGGGGCGGCUCGCAGACGCUCGAGUUCAACCAGCGGACGGUCACCGUGCCGCAUCCUCAGCACGGGAAUAAACAAGGCACGAUGCCCCGCUCCCGCGGCGCCCGCGGCCCGCGCUUCUGCCGCCUGGACCUGUUAGCACGAGGGGUGGUGCUGCCCCCGCGCGCCCCGCGCCCGCCGCCUGCCCCCCCGCGCCCCGCCGGCGACGACGUGGCGCUGCAGCUGGUGCUCCUCCGGCGGCCCGGAGGCUCCCCGCGCCCGUCCUGCUCCUACCACCUGCUGCCCGAGUCGCACCGCGCGCCGCCCGCGCAGCCCAUGUACCCGCACUUGCCGUGCGGGCGUGCGUGCUGCCUGGGCGAGGGGUUGGAGAGGAGAGACGACGACGAGGUCAGCGAACUAUCCGACGCAGAAGACGAGCCGCAGCCCUAGAUAACAGCAGAGAUCCGGCUCGAAGGACCAGUUACAUGUACCGUCAUGGAUCCUACUCUAAAAUAAGAGCAGAAGUUCGAGUAGCAACGUAACGUAAGGCACUGCCGUUAUAACCUGUAGAACAUUAGUCAGGGUUGUGUCAACUUGGAAUCUGGCUGACAAGAAUCAUCAGCAAAGAAACCUGACACCUUCUCAAUAGCAAUGUCAUUCUAAGAGGAGUCUGGUUUCUUCUUAUUUUCUUCGUCAGACCACUGGACAUGGCUUGACCGCUUCUUCGAAGGUCAGGUCCCAAGUUAACUCAUGUGGGUUGUAAGUUGCAUUUUGUAUUGGGAUAUCCAUUAAAUACUGCUGGUCAUGAGACAUGGCCGUAGGACACUCUGUAUUCAGGGUGGGGUUUUAUCCACGUUGUCCAAUAUUAGCCCGGGCAUUCAUAGAUAAAGCAUUCCUGAUACUGCAUCUUUUUGUAGUUGCUUAGUUACGACAUUUUGAUAUUUUUGAACCAAUAAGAGAUAGUGCUGCCAAAGUUGCACUUUUUGUCCGCUUUUCUAAGGCACUUGUAUUUAAUAUUAGAUGCAGACCACACAGUAAACAUUUAAUCGCUUGAAUAAUCUGCAAAAAAAUCUUAAUAUUGUCAAACUCAACACAGUAGAUUACUAAAAAAAGUUAUUUAAUUAUUAAAGUACUUAGGUGGUAAAAAAGUAAUACAUAUUUGAUAGAAUUUUAAAUAUGCUAUCGCAUCGCAAUAAUAUCUCAAUUAGGUUAUUCUAGAUAUUGUUUAGAUUGAAGUAGAAGUCUACACCAUCAUAAGUCAAUAGAUUAAGAUAAUCAUUCUCGAAUCCUAUAGGUGGCGACUGAUGCUGCCAUUAUAUUUGUCACUAUAAAGACAUACUAGUCCGAUAUUUUACAACAAUCACUGUUGAAUUUUUUUAUUAAACUAUAGUCACCUUCAACUUAACACAAUUUCUUGAGAUAAAUAGCAAUAUAACAAAACGAAAUAGCGACACAUGAAUCCAAGUUAUAAAGCUUUUUAUAGCAUUAAAUUUCAAUAGCAACGCUUAAUUAUUAAGAUAAUGGUAUGAAAGGUUUCAAAAAGGUUGUAUUAAUUUUUAAUAUUUUUAUAGUAAUAAACAAUCAGUAAGAAUCAUUUCACAGAUAGAACAAAUUCCAGUUUGGAAAAGACUUCAAAUUUUGUAUUUAAAUGUAGGUAGGUACUGUUUAUGAUUUGUACAUUCCAAAAUACUUAUGUCGUUUAUGAUGAUAAGGGAUUUUUAUAAUUAUAAUUUGAUUUGUGAAAUUGCUGCAAUAUCAUGUUUUUUUACAAAGCAAGAAUGAUGUGGUUCUUUUUGCAAUUUAUGAAUUUAUCUUAAGGUAGGUUAAAAUAGAAAAAUGUUUGCAAGUAAAUAAUAGUUGAUAGUAUUUUUGAUGUGUAAUAGUAGUUUUAAUGUGAGUGUAUGGGGUGGUUGCCAGUGGUGAGAAACUUUAUUGUUUGGUCUUUCAACAAGCAUGGCUCUUCUCUUGUGUAAACAUUAAGUUAAAAGGUAUCAAGUUAUCCUUUUUGUAACGAAGGAAAAUAAUUAUCUAAGCUGUGAUUGGACGAAUAAGAAACCACUUCUUGACUUUUUGACUACUCUUAUUUGUGAUAUUCUCUAUAAUUAUAAUUUUGUAUUCUCUUUGAUGAAUCUUCUUAUAUAUUAUGUAUUAGGUAAUAGCUAGUGAAAUAGAAUUUUCUAGUAGUCCGUAAUCUUAUGCAUUUACCAAGGAUUCUCGUUAUAUUUUCUAUAGUAAAAUAAUUGAUGUUGAUUAAAUAAUUAAGAGUAGGUUUAGGUGGGUCGAAGCGUACGUAUGUUAGAUAUACUUAAUGUGUAUCAUGCUAUAAU